UUUAAUUUUGAACACUAUAUUUCCAUGGUAUAAAUGUGUUUCCUUCCCUAUAGCUGUCACAGAAGGCCAUGCAAGGUGAAGCUCUAAACCCGAGUGAGACGGCCUGUCCAACAUGUCAUUAAGGACACCAGUUAUUCCUUAUAAGUUAUUAGGUAGGAAGUCACCUGGCACCUUUUUUUGCUGGACUGUAAUGCAAGGGGUGAGGUGACGUUUCUGACCGUGUGCGUCUCCAUGUUUAGCUGAAAUCAAUACCGUUAUGUGUGGAACUUGAGGCAGUAGAGGGGCAACGGUCAGCGUGCCUUUACAGAGGAGAAAAGUUGGGAGGUUGUAAUACGCAAGCAGAAAAAAAAUACGUGUAAGUGUAAAACUGUUUGUUGUGCACACACGCAGCAUGCAACCUCGCCUGGAAUGUUUCGAGGAAACUUUUACGGGCUCCUUCAGAUGUCUCAUGUCACACUGGGGUUGUCUCUCAGCAACAUUUCCCCAACGCAGCUGGGAAUGUAAUACAAUAAGGAAAUUACUCAUCUAAAAGGAACUUGUUGGCUUGUUUUCGAGCUUUGCUGCUCCCUCUGGUCGGGUUGUUAUCCCCUCAAAAAUGAAAAUGUUAGAGGCUACAAAAAUACCCAACAAUAUAAAACCUAAUCCAUUCCAUAUUGAAGGAGAGUAAAUAAAUAAUGUGACUUGAUUGUUGACUCCUACUUGAUUUAUUGCUACUUCCUCUGGGUCAUGAUGCAGCACACUAUUGAUUUAGACAGGGCCAUGACAUCACAGAUUUGAUCUGAGCAAAUGACCGCACACGCUUAACAACACGGUCACGUAAAGACAUUUGUCAUAAAUCCUGUUUGUGAAUAAAUACCUGGCAAUUUCAUGAGUGGGUUUGCAUUGACCCUCACCUUGACGCUAACGCUCGGCAGACCCAAAACUAAUAACUCAUAAUGUCUCAGCCGCCCAUUCUUUUGCCUCUGAAUCAAGGCUAAUGUGGUUUAUGGGGCUGAAAGCCUCAUGUGCAGCACUGAAUACUGUGUUUUCUGCAAAUGCUAUAGGAGCUGCAGGGAGCAGGAGGAGGCACAUGCAAGGUGUUGUUGUUGUUGUGUCAAGAGAGGAGCCAAUGACUUUGUGUUGACAGCUGAAGUGUACAGGAUACAGCAGGUCUUUUCAACAAUCUUUCCGUUCGGCCUCAGCAAGCACAGGAGGACGUAGAUCAUCUGGAAAGAUGUUCUUUGUGGCAGGGGCCAAAAAUACAAGAGGCGCGGUGAGAGGAAAUGAGAGGAGCUCAAUCUACCAGAAAUUUCGAGAGGUAGAUUUAUUAGACAAAAAGAAGACAGUGACAGCUCUAAAGCCUGGUGAAGAUCGGGCCAUUCUCCUGGGUCUGGGAAUGAUCCUCUCAUCUGUCAUGAUGUACUUUGUCCUGGGGAUCACCAUAUUACGCUCCUAUGCAGACAGUGUGUGGACAGAGGAGGGUGUGUGUGUUGUUCGCAACUCCACGGUCACGGCAGACAUGAACUGUUCCUACAACUGUGGGUCAGACUGCUGGAGAGUCUCCAAAUACCCCUGUCUGCAGGUCUACGUGAGCGUCAAUAACACGGGCCGUGUCAGCCGUUUAUCUCACAAUGAAGAGACCCAGGACGCCAGCUCUGAAUGUUUCUAUGUGCCCAGGUGCCAGAGGGACAGUGUGGCCAUGCACACCAUGAUUAUGAAUAUCUCCGAGCGCCUGAAGGUCAACCAGCAGGUCCCCUGUUACUACGACCCCUCCGAGCAGCAGGAGACCGUCCUCCUGACCCGGCUGUACGACCACAGCGUCGUCCUCCACUCGCUGCUCUGGCCCUCCUGCAUGAUCACAGGGGGGGUCCUCAUCAUCGUGAUGGUGAAGCUCACACAGUACCUCUCCAGACUCUGUGAAGAGAUUGGGAAGAUCAAGAGGUGAAAUACAUUUGGCAGCUGCGAAAGCCAAUCAUAUGGUGGUUUGGUGACGGACACGUGAUAUGACAAGGAUUGUUGGAACUAAACAACCUUGCUGUGACCCCCUAGCAAACUUUCCUCUUCAGCUGAGACAUGUGGAACAGAUGAGAUUCACUGCGGCCUGAGGAUGUGACUGUUUAUAAAAGUGGAGUGAAUGUUCCGAGGCGGAAACGUUCAGAUGUGUAGCUGGCUCUUGUACAGGGAAAACUAGGACUGGGUUUUGCAUUGUGUUGGAGGAUUAUAAAAUGCUCUGUGGUUACUUGUUUAUGAGGAAGUUUAUUCUACCAGUAAUUUUAAAUCCAGUGUAUUAUACUACAUUAUAUUAUAUUGCCAACACUUAUAUGAUAAUACCAAAAAACAGACAUUGUAAAACACUGCCCUGUCUUUCCGAACAAUGUCUUCUGUGUUCAAACUUUUGAUGUUGAGCAACGUUGUACAACUCUGAGAAUUUGUCUUUGGUGAUUUGGAAUCAAAAUAGUUUUCUGAAACAAUAAUAUAUUCUUAUUUUAUACUCACCACCACGAUGACCAAUUAUGACUAAUGACCAGUAUGCAGUAGGCCUUUUACCUAUUUUUGUGUAUACACGAAUAGCGAUGAAAUAAAAUUGUGCUAGACCUCUGAAAUAUUUGAAUAGCACUUUUCAUGCAUACAAUGUAACACAAAGAGCUUUGCAGAAUAAAAGCAAGACAAAGACACAUCCACAGCAAGAUGCUGUCGUAAAUAAAAUAACAAGAGAGAUAUGAAAUGAAUAAAUCAGAAAUAAUUAAAGGCCAAAUAAAGAUGUGAAAACGAUAAAGUUGAAAAUAAAUGCUAAAAAUGGAUGUGAAAAUGUUUUAGUAAAUAAUAAAAUGCUAACGAAGAUGUGAAAAGAAUAAAGAUAAAGUAACAGAAUGCUAAAAGGGAGGUGGCAAAGAUUAAGAUAAAAUAAUAAAAUUCUUAGAGAUGUGGAAAUUAUUAAAUAAUAAAAUACUAAAAGACAUGUGAAAAUGAUAAAGAUAAUAAAAUAACAUUCUAAAAGAGAUGUCAAAGGGGAAAAGAUAAAAUACUAAUAUACUAAAAGACGUGAAAAUCAUAAAGGUGAAAUAAAGAUAAAAUGCUA